AUGGUUCCCCACAAACAGAGAAAGCAAAGAGAACGUGCGAUGGAUGAGAAUGAUGAAGAGAGAGUGGAAGAGGCUCUUCCUCUUGGAAAUUCUGAAUUCAAAAUAAAAUAUGAUUCCGAUGAUGAGAAAGAAGAAGAAAGUGAACCAAAGUUGUAUGAAGAGAAGAAAGCAAAAAAACCAAAACAAAGCAACUCAAACUCGGAUGAAUGUAUCAAAACCUCAUCAUCUUCAAUUAUGGAGGACGAAGAGGAAGAGGAGGAGGAGAAAUCAUCAAAUCCAUCUUUAUCAGGUGUUGCUUCAUCAUCAGGUAUUACAUCACCACCACAAUCAACACAACCAACCGCUCCUACUCAACAACAAGCGUCCAUAGUGGUUCUUUCAUUCAAAAAUUACAAGAAAUGGACAAAGAAGGAUGGUGUACAAUCUCUCUAUGACGCUCGUUUCAAAGGAACCUCUCUGGAUAACAUUGUUCAGGAUAUCAAGAGGCCUCUUGAUAUCCACGAUGUAGAUUUUGCAAUUAAAGCCAUGACUCAAAGCAAAGACUUUUCUCAUGUUUCUGAAAGUACUUGCAAGAGCGUGGUAAAUUGGGUGAACAAUACUUUGAUGCCCAAACUUUUUGAUCUGUGGAACAAAGAUCAAACAAAGGAUGCAUUGCGCCAACCAGAAUUAAAUGGUGGGGCUGGAUUGAGAGAUGAUCAAACUAAACCUUUAUAUGAUGCGAAUUUUGAUGGAAAAUCUCUCUCAAAAAUUGUCUUUGAGUUCGAGAAGGCUCAACAAAGUGGAAAUGAACAGACUCUCAAUGAUAUCAUGGAAGAAGUAUUUAAAAAUGACAAGGAUGCUCGUGACAAGGUGAAGAAUUGGAUAAAAAACGAGUUGAUAGAAAAAAACAAGAUAGAAGUGCCCUCUUUUGGAUACGAUUUUGAGUUUGUUGAUAGGGAGAACAGUGUUCAGGUAAUUUUGAAAGAAUUUGAAACAUAUGCUAAUUUUUAUGAACGAAAUGAGAAGUUGGAAAAAUGGAAUAUUGUACUCCCUUUUAUUGCAGCAGCUCCUGGAGUUGGUAAAUCAAAGCUACUUAAGGAAGUUGGGUUAAAGUUAUUCAAAGAACACUUUAGAAAAGACACGUUAUGUUUUCCUCUCUUUGUUUCUUAUGGAAAUGGUACAAAAUUUGAUCCUGAAAAUGAAAAGAAAUCAGUUGAAUCGUUGUUAAAAAGAAUGGUAUUAUCCUUUAUAUGCUCUUGUACUUAUGAAAACCACGCAAUGAUUUUUCAAAAUAUCAAAAAUGUCACAUUUGACAGCAUUACAAUAGCAGAUGUAUUGAAUUGCAUUACUUAUUUAUUGGGAAACCAAAAGAUAGACUUUUUUCUUGCUAUUGAUGAAGCCCAUGAAGCCGAUACUAAUAUUAAUAACAAAUGGAAUCAACUGAGAAUGAUUAUGUCUGCAAUUGGACAAUAUAUGCAACUCAAGCAAUUGAAAUUAUAUCCUGUAUUUGCUGGCACAUAUCAUACAGUCAUCGAAGAGAAUUUAAAAAGCACUUACUCUCCUCAAUUUGUUCCAAUUAACGCAUUGCUUUCUUAUAACAACUUGGCCAAAAUAUUUGAUCAUUUAGCCGGUAAUGAAAAAUAUAAGGACAAGAUGAAAUCAUGGAGAACUAAUGCCGAGUUUAGACAUUACGUUAGACUGUUCGCAGGAUUUCCAAGAGGAAUUGAAUAUUUCCUUUAUAAUUAUCUUACUAGAGACUGUACAAUUAGAGAAGCAUGGGAAAGUGCAAGAGCUGAAUUGGGAAGAAAAUAUAAGAUUGCGAUACCUAUGAAAGAUGCACUUUUAAUCUUAGCAUUAAUUUUCACAAGAAGAGAAGUGAAUAAGAGCAUGUUAGUUGGAUCGGUAACAUUGUCCUAUCUGGAAGACAAAGGUUAUAUUAUGAUCAACGAGGAAAAAGAUGGAUGUUUUAGAAUAGUAUAUCCUCCCAUUUUAAUGUCUUCCAUGAUAUACGAUUCAUAUUGGAGAGGAAUUUUUGAGGAACUGUUUUUUGUGAUGCCAUCAAUCAAACUUUACGGGCUUAAUUGGGAAGAUGUUGUACAAAAAUACCUCUUUUUGAAGUUGACAUUUAUUUCUCAAUCACAGGAUAGAAUUGAAGGUUCAUUCACAUUUAAGGAUUUAUUUCCAUUCGCAAAAAUGAAUCACAAUACUUUUAAUCUCGCUUUGAAGCCGAUACCUAAGAACGUCUAUUUAGAUCAAUCAAGAAAACAAAUCCAAGAUGAAAUCUCUUCAUUAGAAUUGGGUAGCCUUUCAUUGAAAAUGAAUUCUAUUACCGACUGCUAUAUAGUCAAAAAUUCCACCGCAGCUCAAGCAGGAGAUAUUAUUAUAUUUGGUUUGCAACUUAGAAAUGAAGACUUGUUACUCAUUCAUGUUCAAUGUAAAUGGUCAGACUCUGCCAAAACCUCAGAAUCAUAUGAAUCAUUGAUGAACGAACAGGAAAAGAAUGACAAAUGUUCAAUAUUGGACAAAAAAGUAAGAAAUAUUACGGUAAUAAUAACUGGAAAACCAAUUUCAAAUCUACCAGACGAUAAUGAUUUGCCAGAUGAUAUGAUAAUUAUUUGCAAAGACAACUUUUCAGAAUAUUUUGGAACAUUUUCUGACAGCAUGAAAUUUCUUUGCGCCAAACAUAUACUGCAUAUUAAUGAAUGCACUUUAAAUGAUUUGCAAAGUUUCCUGGCAUUGGAGAAACAAUAG